UACAAUUAGCUCAGUUUCCAUCGGCCGCCGAACCGGCCCCCCCACCCAGGAGCUCCAUCAGAUAUUGGAACGGGGUGUGGUAUUACACUGUGCAUUCCUCGGGGGAGCUCUGAGUGUUUUUCCUCAUGAGCCCUAUUUACAGCUAGAGAGGGAACCUGUGUGAGAGAGGGCAAGUGGACCACUCAGUCCCUGACCUCAGGAGGCUGAGGGUAGCAGUCUCUCUUUAUUUAAGGGAACUCCCUCCUCCUGAUUGUGAGUGGUGACUCCCUUCCUUCUGCAGCUUAGAGGCCCUGCUUUUGAUUGCUCAGUGCCUGAUACAGAAGCGGACCCUGAAAGUACGUCAGAGCCAGAGGAAGGAGAGUUCUGGGACCAGUAGUUCGCUCUGUGGCACUUCCUGGAGGAAUUCCAGCAACCUGAUGUGCAUGCCAUAGCUCGCCACCUUUCCCCACAAGGAGCUGCAGUAACUCAGAGCUUCUGAAGCCGGCCAAGGACUUCUGAGGAGGCAGACGCCUGAGCAGCGGCAAUAGCAGCAGCAGCACCCAACCCCAGUGACAGAGGGGAACUGCAGAUCCUGAGGAGAAAGGGAAACAGCGACUGAGUGAACCUGCCUUCCCCACUGACUGGGGCAACAGAGAGACAGCCCUCGUCCUGCUCCCGCAGUCUUGAAAGGGCCGGUAAAAGCCAACAACUGAGGCAUGGCCGAAGGGGAGAUCACAACCUUCACAGCCCUGACCGAAAGAUUUAAUCUGCCACUGGGGAAUUACAAGAAGCCCAAGCUUCUCUACUGUAGCAAUGGGGGCCACUUUUUGAGGAUUCUUCCUGAUGGUAAAGUGGAUGGGACAAGGGACAGAAAUGAUCAACACAUUCAACUGCAACUAAGCGCGGAAAGCGUGGGUGAGGUGUAUAUAAAGAGCACUGAGUCUGGCCAGUAUUUGGCUAUGGACACCGAUGGACUUUUAUACGGCUCAACACCCACUGAAGAAUGCUUGUUCCUGGAGAGAUUGGAGGAGAAUCAUUACAACACCUACAUAUCAAAGAAGCAUGCGGAGAAAAAUUGGUUUGUGGGCCUCAAGAAAAAUGGAAGCUGCAAAAGAGGUCCCAGGACUCACUAUGGCCAGAAAGCCAUCCUCUUCCUUCCCCUCCCUGUGUCCUCUGAGUAAAAAAAAAUCUGAAUCAGGUGUUGGCCACUCCAGAACAAUCCCAGGAGUCUCAAACACCUCCUUCCCUCUCUUCUGGAUCCCCAAAUGUCCCUUUGCCUAUUGGCUAGCCUGACCCUGACAUCGACAGCCACUUUUACUUGCAAGCUUUGUGCUUUUAAAUUCUUAGUCCCUCUUAUGCAAAGCUGUUUGCACUAGUAAAGAUUGGCACAAAUGGACCAAAAUGCUGCUAGGGCCAACAGGCCAGGCUGUCCCAGGCUAUGUUUUGAUUUUCCGUUGUUAUGUGGAUCUCAGCAGCAGGAUCGGCUUCUCAAAUGCAAAGGUGCAUGCAUGGGGCCAAAUGAAGUGUGUUAAGGGACUUGCCAAAUGAGUCAUUAGUAACUGCAUACAAUUCCUCUCUGAGGGAGCAAACCCCAUCUGCUCUUUUCCCCACACACCUGGCUCAGUGCCCUCUUCCUUUUAACACCCCACAAAUAUUAGCAGAGUAACUUAUUAGAAGAUUGGGGUGGGGAGGGCCACCCACAGAAAGCGGGAUCAAGGAGGCAGAAUCAAGUGGAUAUGGACAGGCUGCAAUUGGGAAAGGCCGGUCAAGAAUCUGGAAAGAAGAGAGUCUUGAGGUAGAAAGAACAAAGGAAGAGAAGGAGGAAGAGAAGAAUUAGCUGAUAAAAAUCCUUAUGCUUCUUCACCCUCCCAAGGUAUUGAGAAGAAUGUUGCUGGGAACAGCAGAUACCAAUGAAGUUUUAGGUUGGGUAUGAGCUAGGGAUGAUUUUAAAAAGCAGGAGAAACAAGAGUUGACCAAUUAAGUAGUAGAUUAUCACAAAGGGGAGAUAAACUGUGCAGGGGCCAUCAAAUAGGAGGAGUUUAGAAAAGAGGAGAGAGAAAGUAAUUAUAUAGUGAAGUCUUUUACCCUUUUUGAGCAGAGGUCAUGAGAUUAUAGAGCUGGAGAAGAUCUUAGAAGUCAUUUAGUCUAACUUCUUGAGGAAAAUGAGACCUCUAGAGCAGUUAAGUAAUUUGCUAAAGGUCACAUAGCUAGUAAAGAAUAGAGGCAAGAUUUACCUCUGUGUUCCUGAUUCCAAAUUCAGUGUUUUUUUUCCACUACAAAUAGUUUGUAGACUUAAGUAUGUAGAGAUGUUGGGAGCCCUAAGACACCAUGACUGAACAGAAGAGAGCUAAGGAACUAUAGUUCUAAGUUCUGAAAUUUCGAUGAAACUUUGCAGAGACCUUCUCCCUUUCAACCAAUCAUUCUAUCAACUAUCAACAUAACAUUUUUGUUGGUUGUCCCCAGGCUCAGUGUACUCUAAUUAAUGUCAUAUUGGCUCAAGAGUGGCUGAGGGUAUGGUAUAAAGUGGCAAGAUAUUUGGGGUAGGUUGAUCAAAGAAGUGAAGGAGUAGGGAUGAGAAAUACCCAAGAGCAAAAGUCUGGUUCUAAAUAAGAAUGCCUCCCUCCUAAGAUGAGAUAUCCUAGUUAUCCCAUGCUAAUUCUAGUUCUGCCAGGCUGUUUCUGGCUGUAGACUGGCCUGUGACUAGUUUCUGCUGUAGAAAAAAAUACUGACUUUAAGUAUUCCACUAAUGGUGAAAUAGAUGCCUUUUGGACAGUAUCUUGAGACCUUAUAAAGGCACAUCUCACAAAAGGUACAACUCUAGCUACUAUCUUACCAAAAGGAAAGCAUAUUUCAAUUAUUAUUAAUAUGCUUCUUGCUUGAAGUAAACUCAAAACAUAUAGCCAGCGAACUAGUAGAAAUAGAUCUCAUCUCUGACUUACAAUACUGGUAACUUGUUAAUAGCUUUACUAUUCCACAUUAUUUAUUGAGAGCAUAUGUUUUCAUCAUAUAUUUAAACUAUCUAGAGACCAACCACAGUUAAACCUCAUUAAUAUUCACUCAUUAAGGAUGAUGGCUGUAUUAUAUGAUAGUCAAUUCUCUAUAACUCAUAUUACAUUUAUUCACAAAGGAAGAUGUUUGUUUCUCUUCUUUGUCUUUGGUUUCCUGUUGUGCUGCUAUGAAUUCUCUAUUAGAAAAAAAGGAGGAGACAGAGGAGACAACACCAUAAUUUUGAGCAAGGUCUUAUGGACCUUGAGCAAAGUUUGAUUGAAGUUUUCAUCACAGGUGCCAAUGUGAAGUGAGAAAACACCUUGGCAACAGAACUGUCACAUUGAGAUUAGAAAGAAAAGUUACAGCUCCCUGAAAAGGUGUUUAAAGUCACAGUGCUGCUGAAUAAUUCAAAUGAAGUGGCUAAGAUUGUAAUUAAUAAUGCCACUCUACACUCCUUUACCUUCUGUAAUCUCUUCUUAUUCUUUCACAUCAAUUAUCCCAUUUGAUCUUAUUAACAAACUCCAUGAAGUAGCUAGGGAUGAUGCAAUCCUCAACGAUUUCUCUCUGCCAUUUAUACCUUGGCCAGAAUAAAAGUUAUCCAAACAGGAAAUUCAAGGGAUUUCUAAUAGUCUGUAAUGAUUUAUUGUUGAAUUUAAUCCAAGGAACAUUAAGCACUGUUGCUAACUGAUAGGAAAGGAGUUUAUUAUUUUAGAAGCAGACCCUCUUUGUCACAGAACCAUUGUGAUGCUGACAAUAAUCCAGUAAUGCUGCUUUUUUGAUUCUGCUCUGGAACAAGGUUAUGGUUAGAAAAAUCAUAGGAUUAUAGACUGAAAACCAGAGGUCACCUGAGAGGCCUCUCAUCUUUACAGAUGAUGUAUCGCGGCCCACAGGGGUCAAGGAUCAGAUAGUUAGGAAGUAGCAAAAAUGGGGUUUGAACCCAGGGCCUCUGUUUCCAAGACACCAUCCUGACAGUAUCUAAGACUCCACUGCCCAGAAGUGGAGUUUUUCCAUAAAGUGAUUCAGUUUGCUUUCAUGAUUAACAAAAACCUAUAGGGAAAAGGGGUGACAACAAUUUGGGACUUGUUUGCCAAGUCAUGUGACCUAGCUGGUUUGUGACUAGAAUGACUCACCAUGCACUAACACCAAAAUUUGCCAUUACAAGCUCUCCCAGGGCAUGAUGCUUGUUAUAUAAGAAACAUAUUGCAGAUCCUUUCCUUUCUGUUAUGUAAAAAUCAGUGGCCUGAUUCAUUCAUUUAACUCGGUUGGCUGAGGAAAUGAAAUUGAGUACCAGAUGUCCCAUUCUCUAAAGAUCCAGCAACUUCUAUCAGUGAAAAAACCUCAUGUUAUCCCCUAGUAUAAUGUCCUCUUAGAUCUUCAAAUGGUGUGUCAAAGUGUACCAUAGUAUCCACAUCAACUGUGCAAAUGUGUCAGCAAUCUAGGAAGAGAAUUUUCUAAUUCCUAAAAGAAAAUGUGCCAAAACUUAGUGGCCUUGUGCUUGGCUCUUUCCUCUCCUGAUCCAAUUGAAACUUUCUCUGGUUUGUUAUUAAGGCUGGAUCCCCUCCCAUUAUUUUUUAUUUCCCUUAUGUGUAUUCUUCUCCCUGAUCUGUCUAUAAUGUGACCCUGUUUGUGAAUCAAUUUAAUGAGGUAUUGUCUGACACUCUUGUCCUACUUACUUGUCAGGAACCUUUGGGGUUUCAAUUGUUUUGUGUUGUUAUUUUUCCCCCAGCAGUGGUGACAGAUGUGGCCCCUUUGGGACCAAUAGUGAGCAUGUGUAAGACAGCUGACCAGAGCUAGGGGUACAGGCUGAAGCUAAAACAGAAGCUUUCCUUGAAUGAGGGGAAAAUAACCAGUCCAAAUAAGGUAUGAAAGUCAGGACCUAAGCUUCACUAGAAACAUACUUGAUAUAUAGCUAAUGGGCUGCAAGUGAAACUUAGCCAUGGUCUCCUGUGAUUCUCCAUUUUGUAGGGCUCAGCAUCUUACCAAAGAUAAUAAAAGUUCAAUAACAGAA